AUGGCCGAGUCUACGUCUUAUGACGCCAAUGCUCGCGACGGGAAUACCGAGUUCCACUCGCCGCGACCGCGCAAACCCACAAGGAUUGACUUGCUCAAGCCGCAACUUAGCGACGAAGCGUUUAACAAGAAUGGCACGCUCCGGGAGCCCGGGUCCGGCAUCUCUAGUGGAACAAGCACACCCAUACCUGCCGAUGCCCCGCCUUCAGUGCAGGCUUCCUCGUCGGCGCGACGGCAGAUACGCGCUCGGCACAAGCAGCGCAUGUUCCCUACCAUCGAUUACGUAGAUCGCGUCUCCCACUUCGACCCCAACAGCGACUACCAUGACUUCCGCGGUUUCUUCGUUCUGUUCUGGAUCGGACUCGCCAUCAUGGUCCUUACAUCGAUGCUACGAAACCUGACCGAAACCGGGUAUCCCUUUCAGAUCAGACAGUGGGCGCUAUUUAAGGAGAAGGUUAUCGAGCUUGGUCUGGUUGACGGUGCCAUGGUGUCCAGCACCGCCUUGUCGCUGCUCCUGCAGAGACAGUUCCUUCGGGAAGGGUCUCUACGCUGGAACGCGAAUGGUCUGGUCAUACAAAGCAUAUUCCAGGCAAUAUGGCUAGCUUUCUGGACUACAUACCCUUUCAUUCGCGACUGGAGCUGGACUGCCCAGGUCUUCUUUACUCUACAUCUGCUUGCAAUCUUUAUGAAAAUGCACUCCUAUGCAUUCUACAAUGGUCAUCUUAGCGAAACUCUACGCCGCUUAAACGAUCUCGAUACACCUGACAAAGCCAGCAAAGUAGCUGCAGUACGCUAUCCAAGUUCGAGUACCCAUUUGCACGAGAUUCCGCAGUCCCCCUCCCAAGAAGAGCCCGACCCGAAGAAGGCAAAUGAUGAGUAUUUGAGCCACUUGAGAGAAGAUCUCGCACUGGAGCUUGCUUCGCCUCUCGGUAAUGUCUCGUACCCUAACAACCUCACGCUCUACAAUUUCGUCGAUUUUGUCUUCUGUCCGACCUUGUGCUAUGAGCUCGAGUAUCCUAGAAAUGCCAGCAUUCGCUGGUUGGAGGUCUUCUACAAAACUCUGGCCGUAUUCGGAUGCAUCUUUUUGAUGGUCAUUACUGCAGAGGAGUUUAUACUCCCAGUACUGGACGUAUCAGCUGUGCGACUCCAAAACUCGAAUGGCGCUACAGAUUUCACGUUGAUUCUGGGCGAGACUAUCGGUCGCCUCCUUUUUCCUUUUAUGAUUACCUUCCUACUAGUCUUCCUCGUCAUCUUUGAGUACAUCUUGGGUGCUUUUGCGGAGAUAACCCGGUUUGCCGACCGCCAGUUCUAUGCAGACUGGUGGAACAGUUGCGACUGGCUCGAGUUCUCGCGCGAAUGGAACAAGCCUGUUCACCAUUUCUUCCGACGACACGUCUACUCGGCCUCCAAGAAUCACAUGUCGCGUCCUCUUGCUACGACAAUCACAUUUCUCAUCUCGGCUUUGGCACACGAACUUGUCAUGGGCUGCAUCACAAGAAAGUUCAGGGGUUACGGCUUCAUCGCGAUGAUGCUCCAGAUGCCAAUUGUGAUGUUGCAACGAAGCAAAUGGGUUAGGGGCCGCACCCUGUUAAACAACGUCCUCUUCUGGUGCAGCAUGAUCUUGGGACUUAGCAUGAUGUGUGCUCUAUACGUACUUGUAUAA